AUGCUUGUGCAACUUACACUUUUGAUGCUGCUGUUUGCCAAUUCCGAUACGAAAAGGACACAACAUCAUCAGCCCCAUAAUGGAACCUGCUCUAAUCGACUGGCGCCUAGCCUUACCGGUGGCAAAGCGGGAAAUCCAGGAAUGGAGAUAGUAAUUACAGAUAUGGGAAUCCGGCACUGUCUCGACAAAGGCGUUAAGGAGGUAGAAAUGAUGGUGCAGAACAUCACUAUACCUAAUAUCAAGGUGAAUAUACCGGGGGCACAAGUGCUGCUGCAUGACAUAUACGUAAGCAAGGCGUCUGGGGGUUCAUAUGGCUACAAGUUGAAAAAUCCGAAUCAAAUCCUCAUCAGUUUCCAUUCAGGGCAAGUCGAGUUGAAAGGCCAUUGGAGUUACUACGAAACCUCGAAACAGUACAACGUGAAUGGCACAUUCCGGGGUACCACUAUGAACGUUACUGGUUACUGUAACUUUGCCCUAACCAGAACGGCUUCUGGUGCUCCGCAGAUCAGCAAUGCACGAACAUCAGUGACAAUACUGAACGACUUUGAAGUGGAGGUACAUACUAACGAAAAGACCAAUCAAAGUCAAGAAACAUCUCGAAGAAUGAUGGAAAGAUAUUAUGAACUGCCCCUGGAGCCGCUCAUCAGCAAGGCACUGAAGAACUACAUCACCGGACCGUAUAACUCGAAGAUCGGCUUGUACAGCGUUCAGCAAGAGGUCGGUCCGUCCGAAGCAUCACUGACCCUGAACACCGCUCUAGCUUCUAAUCCGACCAUCUCGAAAAGGGGUAUAGAGAUGCCAUUGAAGGGACAGUUCAAGAACCUCGGCGUACCAUUCUUUCCGAAAAGCGUGGAAAGGUGUAACAUUUCCGGUGCGUACAAUUAUUUGCUAAUCAGCGACUACGUUUUCAACACGUUGCUGCAUAACGCACACAAUAAGGAGAUUCUGAAAAACAUCCUCAUCGAUGACACUUCGAACAGAAGUCUGCCUGUGGAAGCCGUUUUGAAGAAACCGUCAGUAGUUCAAUUAUCAGUCGGCCGAUGCAACUGGUUCGCUGACGGCACGUUCAAAAGCAAGGGCAAAGGGCAUCACACGAACAUCAGCUGCGGGAAGUUCGAAAGUGAGGCUGAGUGCCAUGUCAAGCAGAAUGGGUCCCAGCUGCACGUCGAAUUGUCUGAUGUCAAAACAACCGUUACGAAACAAUGUCCCUCAGAAGUGGAAGACCUGGAUGAGAAGAUUGCAACUACGAUGAAGCAGAAGAUAAACGAUUUCUUUCGCCGCUACAACUUCACCAUACCAACGAUCCCCGACACUGAGGUCACUCAAAACAGAAUCACACUCUGCACCAAUACAGCUGUUGUUAUUUAUGAAACAUCCUAG